CAGAAAUGCAGCAAAUCUCUCCUCUUUCCCCGGGUUCGGGGCGGCUGCUGUGCGCACUGGGGGCACGAGACGUGCUUCGCGAGCGCGAGUCUUUGCAUUGGCGGGCUGAUGGUGACACGUGCCUCCUCCUGCCUCCACGCGCCACCCCCGCGCUCCACGGUACCGCAUUGGCAUCGGUGACGGCGGAGGGAAACCGACUGUGGGAGCGCAGCCGCUGCGACCCUCACGGAAAAAAAAAAGAAAAAAAAGAAAAAACAUCAUAAAUGAAAGAAGCACAGACCGCUUUGCGAUUCUGGUCACUGCAAGGAAGCCCAGCAGCCUGGUUGUCGGGUCUCUUUGUGGAGUCAUUCUAGAGUCACACCUGCGUAGUUUUUUUUUUUUGUUUUUAGUCGUAAAAAAAUAAACAAAAGGGGACCCCUGCAAACAAGAUGCAAGAACCAAGCACCGACAUUUGAAGGUGACAUGAACCAGUGGAAUAUCGAGAAUAAGAGCCGUACUUUUAACAGGAAUUGGAGAUAACGACAGAAGACUCCAUAACGAGGCUCACUGACGCUCGAGGGUCUCCUGCUUUUUUUUUUCCCUGCCCUCCGCUAAACAAGUCGUCAAUUUCCAGACACAACCGGCAGCCGCAGUUAAGAGGGUAACGUCAACGUACAUAUUUUGAAACACUUUCAUUCAAAACAGAAAAGAUGGCAACGUUAAUCCGAAGCAAGAUUUCGAGCAAGCUGUCCAACGCGGCCACCGCCGUGUCCAAUAAGUCGCAGGCGAAGGUGAGCGGGAUGUUCGCCAGAAUGGGCUUCCAGGCCGCCACCGACGAAGAAGCGCUGGGCUUCGCUGCCUGCGACGAUCUGGAUUACGACCACAGACAAGGACUGCAGAUGGACAUUCUCAAGACCGACGAGGUCGGUGACGGUGGGGAAGGCGGUGGGGAUCUGGGCGACGAUGGCACUAUUGAAGGGGACAGCCGUUACCAGAGGGACGGCACCGGUCCGCCACCCUCCUCUUCCAAAGACGGCGGGGCGUGCGCCGAGCUGGGGGGGCAAGACAAGCCCAGAAUCACGGCUUGGGAAGCGGGCUGGAACGUCACCAAUGCGAUCCAGGGGAUGUUCGUCCUUGGCUUACCGUAUGCUAUACUCCAUGGUGGAUACCUUGGACUGUUUCUCAUCAUUUUUGCUGCAGUUGUUUGCUGUUACACUGGAAAAAUUUUAAUCUCUUGCCUGUAUGAAGAAAAUGAAGAUGGAGAGCUUGUACGUGUGAGAGACUCGUAUGUGGACAUCGCCAAUGCCUGCUGCGCACCGCGGUUUCCCUUGCUAGGUGGCUAUGUAGUGAAUGUAGCCCAGAUAAUUGAGCUGGUGAUGACCUGCAUCCUGUACGUGGUGGUGAGUGGCAACCUUAUGUACAACAGCUUUCCCAACCUGCCAGUGUCACAGAAAUCUUGGUCCAUCAUUGCCACCGCUGUGCUGCUUCCUUGCGCCUUCCUCAAGAACCUUAAGGCUGUGUCCAAGUUCAGCUUGCUCUGCACUCUAGCCCACUUCAUUAUCAAUAUCCUGGUAAUAGCCUACUGCCUGUCGAGGGCACGAGACUGGGCCUGGGACAAAGUCAAGUUCUACAUUGAUGUCAAGAAAUUCCCAAUUUCCAUUGGAAUCAUUGUUUUCAGCUACACAUCACAGAUUUUCCUGCCAUCUUUGGAAGGGAACAUGCAAAAACCCAGUGAGUUUCAUUGCAUGAUGAACUGGACCCAUAUUGCAGCUUGCAUCCUCAAAGGCCUGUUUGCACUCGUAGCUUAUUUGACCUGGGCUGAUGAAACCAAGGAAGUCAUCACAGAUAACCUUCCAUCCACCAUACGGGCAGUGGUCAACAUUUUCUUGGUGGCCAAAGCUUUGCUGUCCUACCCCCUGCCAUUUUUUGCUGCGGUGGAGGUCCUGGAGAAGUCUCUCUUCCAAGAUGGGGGACGCGCAAUUUUUCCAGAUUGCUAUGGAGGUGACGGACGCCUGAAAGCCUGGGGUCUCAGCCUUCGAUGUGGCCUAGUGGUCUUCACUUUGCUUAUGGCCAUUUAUGUGCCACAUUUUGCCCUCCUGAUGGGUCUCACUGGCAGUCUGACAGGAGCUGGGUUAUGCUUUCUACUUCCCAGUCUCUUUCAUCUUAAGCUUUUGUGGAGAAAGCUCUUAUGGCACCAGGUGUUCUUCGAUGUUGCUAUAUUUGUAAUAGGAGGUAUAUGCAGCAUUUCUGGCUUCAUUCAUUCAAUGGAGGGGCUCAUAGAGGCUUAUAAAUAUAAUUUACAAGAUUAAGGACUGGUUGAAAAGAUCACUGUAAACAAUACUACCACACAUUUGCUCCCUUAUGUGUUCAAUCCAACUUACAGUAGUUAACAUAUUGCAUUCCGUCUCACACGCACGCGCAUACACACACGCACACGCACAAGAACACACAGUAUUUCCACAAAAUGUCAAGCUUUAUAACUGAAUCCACGAUUCAGAGAAACAAGGGAAAAUCAAGUUUAAAAAUAUACGUUUAUAAAUAUGAAACGAGAUUUCCAUAUUUUUCAGUUUGCAACCAGCCUGAACGGGAACACAAAGAAUAAAACAAGCUAUACAGAAACAGGCAAUUUUCAUGGCUUAUGUAUGAGUUCUUUUUUCACAAACACUCCAUAUAACAUAUCAGUAAGUGGUGGUGGCUGAGGAAAACAUUGAUGUCAUGUGAUUAGUCAUAUAAUGCUAUAUGAAAACUAGAUGGGCUUUGACAUAAGUAUAAAAGUUCUGACCUUUAUGUUUAAGCAGAGGUCGGAUUUGUGUCAGUAUGAUUUAUAAUUUUUAUUUUUGCUUCCCAAACCAAAAUGAAGGCAAUAAAAUCUGACAAGUAAAGUUACUGUAUGUUAAUACAACUUAAAGACAUGUCUAUACAGAGGCCAGUUAUUUCAGAUGGCCAUGAUAUUUGUAAAUAAUAAAAAUAUGUGAGGGAACGUAUGUAUAAGGUAGUCAACCUCUUCUAAAAAUACCUUGGUUAUUAAACCCUCCAGUACAGUUAGCUAAAAAUGGACAAUAGGCAAAUGACAGAUCAAAUCUAAGAUCCUUUGCAGUCUUCCAGUACUAAUAAUUGUACUGAGGACUGUGAUAUUAAAAACAUUGUAAUAUUGUACCUAAGAGUAUCAAAAAGUGAUAAACUUAAAACUAUGCAUUUCAAUCUAUUUAUAUAUCCUAGAGUAAUAUGAAACUAAAUAUUCAAAGUAUACACCAGAAGUGGAAACCUUAAAGUUGCAUUUACACUAAAGCGCUGGAAAAAAAUAUUAAACACCUCUUUAUAAUAACCUUAAAAGUAUUAAAAUGAAAUACUUUAACGAAUGAAGGUGUUAACGGAACAAUAAACGACAAACACAAUUACAAUGAACACGUUGUGAAAUCAGACCUCCCCUCCAAAUUGCGUAAUAAUUAUAAUUAAGCCAAUUUACCAGGCAAGAAAAAAAGAUCUGAUGUCUUUGUAUUAUCUUAAAGAAAAAUUAAAAUCAUUUAACCAUAAACUCAAAACAGUUAUUUACGAAAGCAAAAUAUUUCCAGAGUUAUGUUCUCAUGUCAAUUCCGUAUGCAUUUUAACUUUAUCAUUCAACGAAACGGACUAUGAAAUAUUGAGGUUCCGUAAUUCAAUUAUUUGGGUAAAAACUUCUCAAGUUUGUUUAAAAAGUGAAAACAUGAGGACAUUUUUCAUUCUGUGCAAUCCAACAGGUCCUGUGGAAAAUGUUAUAAAACCGUAUGUGUAGUGUUAUUGUGGUUUCAAAAAGAUGGAAUGUAUAUCACAAAAUCGUUAUCAUAUAUCGUGGAAAAAAAUGAAUAUA